UGGAUGUGAAUGGAACUGCCUACGAGUAACUACAACAUACAUCACAGUUAUUAAAUGCCACUCACUGUCUCACAUUGUGUAUUGAUGAGGUUGUGGUUGACGUAAUAAUGUUGUGACAUGCAACAGGAUAUACUAAGAUGAGUAUGAAUUGUAUUAACACUAUUGAGCUGCUUGUGAGUGGUUUUGUGACUAUAAAAAAUUGAUCACUUCUCUGAAUGUCACUAGUUGCUUUGACAAACUUUUGUCACGUGGGAAACCCAAACAUCACUCGAAGAGAAACUUGGCCACAGAAAACUAGUCUUCUAAAAAUUAUUUAUAAUCUACAAAUUUCCAAUGUGAAAAUAUUUUGUGGAGACAACAAUGGACUAUAAUUCAUGUAUCUUAGAUAUUAAUACUGGAAUAUAUCAGAAACUCUGCACAGUCUUGGAUAGAGACUCCUUAUGGAAACAAUUAGUAGAAAAUAUUCCUUGUGUUGCUGAAAGAAUUUCAGUUGAAGAGAUUUCUCAAAAAUACAAGCAAAAGCCAACUUGGAUGUUAUUGUAUGAAUUAGGUAGCUAUGGUCUUACUCUUGGAGAAUUAGUAGAAUGGUUAAAAUAUCUCCAACUUGAAGCACCUCUUUUGUUACUGAUAGCAGAUGAACCAUUAGAGAUUAUCACUCAACCUACACCUUAUGUUGAAGUGGAAGAAGAUCAAAACAAUGGCUUGACUUUAGUGUGUGAGGCAAGAGGGUUUCCUUUCCCUCAAUAUACUUGGUUUCAUGAUGGAGAGGAGUUAGAGACAUCAAAGAACUCUGUGCUUCACAUUUUUCCUGUCAAAAUAGAGCACAAAGGAAGUUAUUUCUGUCAAGUCUUCAAUUACAAUAGACAAACUGAAGGUUUUAAUAAGGUGAUUUCAACACCUGUAGAAGUCAAAGUUAAACCAAAACAUCAGUCAUUUUACUUCUUUGAACUUCCAGAAAUCAUUGCACAUCCAAUAAAUCCUAGUAAUGGUAAGACUUCUCAAGGAAGUAGUCUUUUAUUAAACUGUACAGCUUCCAGUAAGUUACCAGUGCACUACCAGUGGUACCGUAAUCGAGCUAUAAUGUCAGGGGAAACACGAUCAGAUCUAGAACUUCGCAACAUUUAUCCAAAAGAUGGAGUACAUAAAUGGACAUAUCAGUGUCAAGUUAGCAAUGAUUGUGGUUCUGUUCUUUCAAAAGAAGUAGUAGUUGAGCUUGAUAGUCCUAAUGAUGAUACACCUUAUUAUGCUGUUGACAAGAUAGCACUUCUUAUUGCUAAUGCAAACUAUAUGGAUAACAUUUGGAAACCUGUUCCAGCUAGUAUAGCUGAUGUACGAGAAAUGUCAGAUCUCCUGACCAAGGCCGGUUUCCGUAUUUUUGCAUUCCAAAACCUAACACUGGAUGAGAUGAAAAAUGCUGUAUCUUUGUUUUGCAGUCAAUUACGUAAGGGUGUGUAUGGAUUAUUCUUCUAUGUAGGACAUGGAUUUGAACACUACAAACAAAACUUCCUUGUACCAGUUGAUUCAUCUUGUAACAUGAAUCCCAGUGAAAACUUGUGUGCUCAAUUUGUUGCAGAAUGUAUGGUAGAAAAGAACACUGCUCUCAAUGUAUUACUUUUGGAUACAUGCCGCUUCCAACUGCCAAAUAGUAAUCCUGAAAAAAUAUACAUCUCUGAAGGGAUGAGAAAUACCAUUUAUGGAUUUUCCACCGGUUCUAAUCAUUAUUCAUGUGAAGUCAGAGGAGAAAAAAAUGGCAAAUAUGUCAAAUAUUUGAAGAAAUAUCUUCUCCAAAAAGAGCCAAUAUAUGGGAUACUGUUAAAAGUUCAAGAAGAUAUGGAGCUUGAUGAGCACGUGAGUGAGAUGCAGUAUCCCUCGAUGGUAUGUAACUUGUCUCGACGUUUAAGCUUGCUUGAUCCACUGAAUAGGAGCACCUCUGAUGAUCAGAAUUAUAAAACACUACUUCUCCAAUGGCAAAAACUUACAGAACCUCCAGCUCCCUGUAAGUUCAGUAACAAGGAAGAUGGAGUUUCUUUGGAGAUAUGGUUCAGGAAACACUUGGAUACCUUCUGCAAUACUAUGGACGUGAUAAUAAGACUUUUAUUGGAAGAAAAGUCUGCAGAAAAAUUGAAAGAUUUUGAGAUAGAUAUGAUACUACAGAAUUCAGCUGAAGUUAAUUGUGAUAGAAACCGUGUGAAGAUCAUUCAGACUACUUCUUAUGACCUUGAAACAGUCUUCACCAUCACCAGUCUUCAAAUUCUUCAGGCUCCUUUGAAUCUUCAAAUUGUUCUUUACCAUCGGAACUUAAAAUUGUGGGAAGUAAACAUGUGUGUUCAAGAUCCAUUGAUCACAAAAGCUGAAUUUUGGAGAACUAGUUGAUUUCUGAACAUUCAAGCUAAACGCAGCAUUAUCUGUUGAUUUUCAUCAACCUUCAUUAUUUUUGGUUGAAGAGUAUGGAAACUCCUCAUGUAUUGUGUAAGCAAAGAGAACAAUUAACUUAACAAGGUAAAAGUUAGCAGUGGAUAACCUAUAAAGCCAGAGUAGUUUUAUGCUUAUAUAUUUUCAACAUAUGUUAAAUCUUUUUUUAUACAAGUUUUUCUAGCCAUGAUUUAGUUUUUUAAAAGUCAUAGUGUGAAGUUCUAAUUGAAUACCUUUGCUUUCACUGCCAAAAAAUUCAAGGCAACAUUUAGACUAAUAUUUUAUUAGCAUUUACUGCAUAAGUAUUAUUAUGACUUUCAAACUCGUAUCUAAGAUAAUCCUUUAUAACAUUUUACUUGUUCUUGAAAUAAUAUUAAUAUAAGAAAUGAGUAUUAAAAGUACUUACUAGUCAUAGGAUCUAAGAUUUGUUUUUUAUUAAUGUAUUUGUGGGAUUAAUACCUUUCAUUUUAAUUCUUUAUUUAAGAUUUAUUCAUAACUUGUGAUGUUGUAAGUAAUUCAUUGACCUUGAGAACAAAUUUGGUUUUUAACUAUAAAUAAAAGUGAAAUGUAUGUAAAAUUUAAUGAAGUUGUUAACACAAUGUAACCUUUAUAGGUUUUUAAGUUUAAUAAUAGUUAACACAGUUGAUUUCAUUCAAUUAUCAUUUUAAAUAAAAUAUGUACUUUGUGAUAAAAGUCUUAACGUGAAAAAGUAAUAUAUGUUGGUCUUAAAGAUACAUGAACAGUUUUUUCUUAACUAUAAUUUUUCCACAGAAAAUUUCAACACUUAAAGAAUCUUAGUUUGCUAACUUAUUAACACUAGAAUUUAAUUAAAUAUAGUUAGGUAGCACGUUACAGUAAAACUGGAGUUCAGCUAUUAAUUUUUUUACAGGACAUUAGUAGUUAUUCUUCUAAGUCAUUGAUAAUGACAUACAAUUAAUUUUUUUAAUCAUUACUACAUUCACUAAUAUUGAUUUUAGUUUCUUAAUUGCGAUUCUCUUUGAUUCUUACAUCUUGUUUGUUGCUGGAACAACAUAUAUUAAUGUUCUUUUCAGUAGUGGUUCUAUCCUGUUCAGUUAUUUGUUGAUAUUUGAAUAAUUACCAUCACCAGGCUUUAGGUUCUUUCUGAAUGCUGUUUAAAAAAUAGAAUGGUGGAUCCUACAAAAUCUUACCCACAUUAUGAACAUCAAUAAAAAAUGUCAAAGCGUUGAAGUUUAUUAAUUCUGUCAGUUAUCUUGAAAAAGGUCUCAAUACUGAUUUAAAUAUUUUUUUUAUUUAUUUCUCAAUACAACUGUCUUUACAUAUAAGUGAAAGACUGACAUAAAAUUGUAGUUGGAGCGCAUAAUAACUCACUUUAUGAGGGGGCGUACAUUCUGUUUAAAAAACAUUUGAGAUGCAAAGUACUGAGAAAUGAAAACCCUUUAAAAAUUGAUUUUUUACACCCAUCAUUAUUUUCUUAAAAAUAUAAAAAGCAUAAAAAAUGUGUUGUUACAUGAUCAAGAAAUUAUAACCAGUACUGAACUCUAGUCAUUGGUGAUGUUACUUCUUCUGAAAAUGUUACACUCAGUAAGUUACAAGUUUAGAAUAAAACUAUGUUUAAAAUAUUAAGUUAUUGAGUGGAAAUUUGAAUUGUAGGAAAACCAGAAAUUGAACAUUCUCAGGCAGAAGACUGCUGCAGUUCCUUGAGUGGAUAUUAUCCACUUGAAUUGGUGUAACUGUGGAGUAAACGUGAGUAAGCUUUGAUGAUGAGAAACCCACUUUUUGGAAAAUAAAAGUGUGGAGACUGCUUGAAUGGGUAAUGAAAAAAACUUUAUUAUACAUGUACAAUGUUUCAACAAGAUUAUGUAAUAGUGGUUAAUAUUAUUAUUGUUUUCCUUUUUGUUUCUAAUUUUAUGUUAAUAGUAGUGACUUAGAAGAACAACUACUAAUAUUCUGUAAAAAAAAUUAUGUGAUGUGCAAUGUUUUGUCUCAAUCUUGUCAAAACAUUGUACAUUUAUAAUAGUUUCUUUCACUACCCAUUCAAGCUGCCUCCGAACUUUUAUGAGUAAGCUUUGUUUAGUAUGGACAUCUUGAGGUCUGUCUUGCAUGUCUAAUGGUCUGCUAAACUACCUGUAGACUGAGUAUAUUUCAGUGGGUGAUGUUUUAAUGCAGGCUCUUGCUAUUUCAUCAAGAACACUGUACUUUAAUGGUGCCUCCUGAACUUCUGUAUUUUGUUCUCCAGUUAAUCCCUAUGAACACCACUGAGGUGAAACUAGAUUUUAUUAUGCUAACUGUGACCUGAGCUCUCUGGUUACUAUAUUAUAGUUGCUUUAUUUGGGUGUAUACUAGAAACGUGACCAUUUUGUUAUGGGUUGAAAUAUUAAUACUACCUGCUUGGCUUCUGAGUAUAAAUCAAGGGAGUAGGACAAAAAGGCUUAUUACUGUUAUUGUGGAUUUGUAAAAUUUGCAUUUGUUAUUGCACAAUUUAUUACAUGUAAAAAAAAGAGAACGAUAUAUUUUUAUUAUGGUUCAGGUAUGUAUUAUCUCCAGUUGAAAUAAAAACAAUUAACUUUUGGAACAUUGGUGUUAUAUAUUUAUAUAUAACACUAGUUUUUAAGUUCUUUAAUGCAAUGUUAAUUUCUAUCCUCUUUUGACUUGGGCAUGUGACCAUGAAAAACCAGUAUAAUAACCAAGAUUUUUAUGCAGUAUGUAAACAUUCAAUGUCCCAAAUUAAGAGGCAAAAAGAGAAAGCACCUCUGUAUGACAAUGUGAACUAUACAAGUCAGCAUUUGAAAGCACAAAAUGUAUUUUGUAAAUUACAAGAUUACUUUCAACUACAAUGUUGCUGAUGCAGCCAGUAAAGUACAAAGUUUUUAGCAUUACACAUUUGAUAAGUCAGUAUCUUAAGUUACAAAGGACAUAAUUUAUAUUUUCCAUGGUAAUGAACUAAAUGCAUAGCAGUGUACAAUUGAUUAACAAUUCGGUAUAAAUUGCCUUCAAUCUUAGUUAGUUUUAUUUCUAAUGAGCCUGAUAUUCAACUCCACAAGUUGUUACACAUAGUUGUGUAAGUACAACUUUGAGCAAAAAAAGUAUUCAAACUUGACAUUUGUUAUGAUCUGUCUUACAAAAUACAAAUGUUUGAAUUGUAUGUGGAUAAAAAAAAAGGUUUGUAAGAAACUGCAAUAUGUGGAUGUUUCUGUGAGAUGUAUAGCACUAUGAGUGUUAUGUGAUUCAUAUAUAUAAAUUGGUACUACUAAUUAAGGAUCAACCAAAAUAUUUAACUUCACAUGUAAUUUACUUGUUCAAAUGUGAAGUACUAAUAAAA